AUCUCGAAAUCGCGUGAUGUUGAUGUUGGCUUGACUGAGUACACAGCCUAACCUAUACACAGGCAGACGUCGGCGAUGUUUUCGUAAGCUGUGAUCACUAUUCUUUGCAAGUUUUGUGACAUUUAUCCACUGAAAUGUCCGGAUCAAUUGAAAUUCCGCUAAGGGAAACUGACGAAGUUGUAGAAUUAAAAAUUGACCAACUGCCUGAAGCAGAAGUUGUCAUCUCCAUCUUGUGUCAGGAGCACGUCCAACUUCAACUAUGGGUCAACGUUGCGCUUGAGUACUACAAACAGAACAAAUUUGAAGACUUUGUCACAAUCCUAGAACGUUCCACCCAAGAGGCUAAUACCGAAUACAAUGACUAUGAAAGGGAUCAGAUGCGAGCUCUUGAUAUGCUGGCUGCAUACUAUGUGCAGCUGGCUAAUCAAGAGCGUAUCAAAGAGAAAAGGGAUAAGCUGUUUGACAAAGCCAAUUUACUAUACAACACAGCUGAUAAAAUUAUCAUGUAUGACCAGAAUCACAUGUUGGGUAGAGCUUAUUGCCGUUUGCUUGAGGGAGACAAAAUGGAUCAAGCUGAAACACAAUUUAACUUUGUGUUAAAUCAAUCUCCCAAUAACAUCCCCUCAUUACUUGGUAAAGCUUGCAUUGCUUAUAAUAAGAAAGAUUACAGGGCAGCUUUAGCCUUCUAUAAAAAGGCCCUUCGCACCAAUCCCAAUUGCCCAGGUGCUGUACGUCUGGGUAUGGGUCACUGUUUUAUGAAACUGGGCAACCCUGAUAAAGCCAGGUUGGCCUUUGAGCGAGCGCUGCAGUUGGACCCUAAAUGUGUUGGAGCACUGGUGGGUCUUGCUGUUUUGAAAUUGAAUAUUCAAGAGCCUGACAGUAUCAAGGAUGGUGUACAAAUGUUAUCAACAGCUUACCGAAUAGACUCAACAAAUGCUAUGGUUCUAAAUCAUCUUGCCAAUCAUUUCUUUUUCAAGAAGGAUUAUACGAAAGUGCGACAGCUAGCCCUACAUGCUAUUAAUAACACAGAAAAUGAACCAAUGAGGGCUGAAAGCUGCUACCAACUUGCUCGUGCUUUGCAUGUCCAAGGAGAUUACGAUCAAGCUUUCCAAUAUUACUAUCAAGCGACUCAGUUUGCCCCUGCCCAUUUUGUUCUCCCUCACUUUGGUUUGGGGCAAAUGUAUAUAUACAGAGGAGACACAGAAAAUGCAGCACAAUGUUUAGAAAAAGUACUCAAAAUUCAGCCUACAAACUACGAAACUAUGAAAAUUUUGGGUUCACUUUAUGCUAACUCAAGCAGCCAGUCUAAACGUGACAUUGCCAGAAGUCAUCUACGUAAAGUUACAGAACAAUUUCCUGAUGAUGUAGAGGCUUGGAUCGAGAUGGCACAAAUUCUUGAACAGUCAGAUCUGGCAGGUGCCCUUCAAGCUUAUCACACAACCAUCCGUAUAUUGAAAGAAAAAGUUCAGGUAGAAGUUCCUCCAGAAAUAUUGAACAAUGUGGGGUCCUUGCACUACAGAUUGGGAAAUUUGGAAGAAUCUAAAAACAGCUUUGCUGAAUCCCUGGGCAGAUCAAGAGCUGAAGCUGAGCAAGAUCCACAAUAUUAUAACUCUAUAGCAGUGACCACGACUUACAACUUGGCAAGACUGCAUGAAGCUCUUUGUUCAUUUAACCAAGCUGAAAGGUUAUAUAAGGACAUUUUAAAAGAGCAUCCUAAUUACAUAGAUUGUUAUCUCAGACUUGGUUGUAUGGCAAGAGAUAAAGGUCAGAUUUAUGAAGCUUCUGAUUGGUUCAAAGAUGCUUUGCGUAUCAAUACUGAGCAUCCAGAUGCCUGGUCUCUAUUAGGAAACCUCCAUUUAGCCAAGAUGGAGUGGCAGCCUGGUCAAAAGAAAUUUGAGAGGAUUUUAAAUAACCCUGCUACUUCUACUGAUACCUAUUCUCACAUUGCCUUGGGAAAUGUUUGGCUCACAACUCUACACCAACCAACAAAGGAGAAAGAAAAAGAAAAGCGCCACCAGGAAAGAGCACUUCAAAUCUUCAAAAGUGUGUUGAGAAUAGAUCCUAGAAAUAUAUGGGCUACAAAUGGAAUCGGAGCUGUUCUUGCACACAAAGGCUGUACCAACGAAGCCCGUGAUAUUUUUGCGCAAGUUCGUGAAGCUACGGCAGACUUCUGUGAUGUUUGGCUCAACAUUGCGCACAUAUAUGUUGAGCAAAAGCAGUACAUUAGUGCUAUUCAGAUGUAUGAGAAUUGUCUCAGGAAAUUCUAUAAAUAUCACAAUGUAGAAGUUUUACAAUACCUAGCUCGUGCAUACUUCAAAGCAGGCAAACUGCGAGAAGCUCGCACAGUUCUGUUGAAAGCACGUCGUGUUGCCCCUCUCGACACUGUUGUCUUAUACAACAUAGCACUAGUACUCCAAAGGCUGGCUACUCAUAUUCUGAAAGAUGAGAAGUCAACCCUCAGUACAGUACUCCAAGCUGUGACUGAUCUUGGUCUUUCUUUGAAAUACUUUGAACACCUCUCUGUACAUGGUGAUCGCAUGCGGUAUGAUGUGAAUCUAGCUGGUGCAGAGGCUAGGCAAUGCCAAGAUCUUCUCUCUCAAGCACAAUAUCAUGUUGCUCGAGCACGAAGAGUGGAUGAAGAAGAAAAGAAAAUGAGAAAGAAACAGGAGGAAGAAAGAGCUGCUUUCAGACUGAAACAGAAGAAGGAAAUGAAACUCAUGGAGGAGCGCCGGCGUCAAGCUCAAGAAGAUUUAUUGCAGCGACGUGCUGAGUACAAGGAGAAGACCAAGAACGCACUCACAUUUGCUGAUUUCCCUCCAGAAAUGAAGCCCAAGAAAGGUCGCGGCCGCAGAACCACAGGGGAUGGAGAAAUUCUUUCAGAUUCUGGAUCUGAAGGAGAGGCUGGUCCUUCAGAGCCUAGAGAAAAGAAACCAAAGGAACGUAAGAAGAAGUCCCAGAGCGGAAGCAGACGGAGAAGGAAAGAGGAUGGAUCCGGUAGUGAUCGUCCUACAAAGAAGCGGUCAAGGAUAGUGGAGAAAGGAGCCCGGAAAAGCAGACCAAGUGAUGAGGGCAUGUCUAAGGCCCAGAAAAGUCGUAUUAUAUCUAAGGAGACAAUUUCAACAAGUGAAUCAGACUCAGAUUCAGGAAAGAGUGAAAAGCGUAAAUCUAAUAAGUCUGACAAAUCAGACAGAUCAGAUCGAUCAGAUCACUCCGACAAAUCAGACAAAUCAGACAAGUCUGACAAGUCUGACAAGUCUGACAACUCAGACAACUCUGACAGCGAAAGGGAAAAGUCAUCUGGUAAAGAAAAUGCAUCUGGAAAGGAAAACUCUUCCGGCAAGGAUAAUUCGUCAGGGAAUGAAAGUGACUAACUGCACAGAGUUAGAUCAAAAUCUGAAUCCUGACUCACACAUUGGAUUGUUCCAAAUAGAACCUAUCUUGUAUCAUACCAAUAUAAAAGUACUAGGAUGGCAAUUUUGCAUUGCGUGGCUUAUUUUCUUUUCAAACCUCUCUUAUUUGUUGUAUGAGAUACCAGUUUUAAACAGUUAGGGUUAUAAGUUGUCUAAUUUUCUAUUACAUGAAUUUCAAUCAUUGUAUGAAUCUUUCAUCCAACUCAGCAUGCAGCACUCAUCAUGAGUGUCUCAAACUAAUGUGUCUUAUCACCAAAAAAUUACCUGUAUUGUAAAGAAAAUUUUGUUAUCAUGUUAAUAAUCAAAUAAUCAGAGAGAAAAUGAGUGCCAUGCAUGCAGGCACUCAUUAAUUGUAUUUCUAUGUAAAUAAUUGUAUAAUAGAUUGUUUUUAAAUCUGACACCUCAAAUAA